AAUCCAGACAGUUCCUAAUGUCGAGUAGCUGAGAUGGAGCUUCUGGAAAUCCCUAUUUCUCUUGCUCUUGUGGUUUGUGUCAUUCUGGUUUUUUUCUGUGAGUGGAAGAAGAGUCACAGAGGGGGAAGGCUUCCCCCUGGCUCAACUCCCCUUCCCAUCAUUGGAAAUCUGAUGCAGCUGAACCUCAAGGACAUGCCUGCAUCUCUCUCCGAGUCCUACUCUUUGCUUCUUCCCCUAGGAAUCCUCUUCAGUAAUGGAGAGACAUGGAAGCAAAUGCAGCGCUUCUCCCACAUGACCCUGAGGAACUUUGGGAUGGGGAAGAGAAGCAUCGAAGAUAGGAUCCAGGAGGAAGCCCAGUGCCUGGUGGAGGAGCUCAGAAAAAUGGAGGCUCAGCCCUUGGACCCUAUCUUCAUCCUCACCUGUGCUCCCUGCAAUGUGAUCUGCACCAUCCUCUUCAGUGAGCGUUUCCAGUACAAGAAUGAGAUGUUCCUCUCCCUGAUAUAUUUGCUAAUUGAAAGUUUUAAGCGAAUAAGCUCUCUGUGGAACCAGAUUUACAAUCUAUGGCCAACACUCAUAUAGCGUAUCUCUGGAGAGCACAAAGCAUUUGCCAAAAGGCUUAAUGGUGUUAAAAAUUUCAUUCUGGAAAAAGUGAAGGAGCAACAAGAGUCCCUGGAUCAUAAUAACCCUCAAGACUACGUUGAUUGUUUCCUCAGCAAGAUGGAGCAGGCACUGCAUUCAAAACACAACCCAGAGUCUGAAUUUGACUUGGACAACUUGGCAACCUGUGGAUCAAAUUUGUUUACAGCAGGAACAGAGACAACCAGUAGCAGCCUAAGAUAUGGACUCCUUCUCCUAAUGAAACACCCAGAGGUGGGAGCCAAAGUUCAUGAAGAUGUGAUUGGAAGCAACCAAAGCCCCUGCACGAAGGACAAGAUGAAGCUGCCCUAUACGGAGGCCGUGUUCCAUGAGAUACAAAGAUACGUCACCCUCCUUCCUUCUGAUUUACCCCAUGCUGUGACCCGGGACACAAAAUUCAGGCAAUACGUCAUCCCCGAGGGCACUACUGUAUUGCCAUUACUGUCUUCUGUCUUGUUCGAUUGCAAGGAGUUUCCUAGCUCAGAGAAGAUUGACCCAGACCACUUUUUGGAUAAAAAUGGCAGCUUCAGGAAAACAGAAUACUUCAUGCCUUUUUCCCUUGGGAAACGGGCCUGUAUUGGAGAGGGCCUGGCCCGCAUGGAGCUGUUCCUGUCCUUCACCACCAUGCUACAAAACUUUUUCCUGAAGCCCCUGGUGGAGCCAAAGGAAAUAAAGAUCAAACCCAUUGUUACUGGGCUUAUCAACAUCCCACCACCUUACAAGCUGUGCCUUAUCCCUAGCUAAAAGAAGAACUUUUCUCUGUUAAAAUUUAAAUCAAAGUAA